GUGAGUGCGUUCAGAUGGGGGAGGGACCCACAGCAGCACCCACUGCUGCUUGAGAAGGGCAAUACUUUGCUGUCAGGGUCUCUGUUCGAAAGCCCAUGAUUUUUUACUUGUUUAUGUCUUUGUUUCACUGGCAGUUUUUUUUUUGUCAAGCAUUAAAAUUUUGCACUUUGUUCGGCAGUCUUUGAACGCAGCAGUUAUGCUGUGAGUAGAGGUGUCACCUGGCACCCCGGCAUAAUAACAUGCCGUACACACAUGUACUGAGCUACACAUACCGUCACAUAACAUGACUGAGGUCGCGUCGCAUGCAAUUACAUUACUAAUGGCCACUUGUCACAUUGCACAAGAACAACAGCGUUGAUGUCAACCAAACCUACCACAACCAUGUCAGUGUGCAGAUUUCCAAAGAGUCUGAAACAGUAGCAUCAAGACUGGGGGCCCAACAUAUUAUCGCAAUCAGAAGUUGAGGACAAUGCAAGUUCACAUGCACACAAGGUUUUGUUUCCUAUGUGUGCUCACCUUCCUCUUCCAUCAGUCGAGCCACUGUCAUGGAGACGGGCAUCAUGAGCACCAUGGUCAUCACCAUGCCAACCACACCCACAACGACCUGCAGAUUUCUGAGGCUCCAUAUGUGAGGAAAUCUUCCCCUACUGCAGAGUCUAUAAGUCCUGUGAGGACAUCUUUAGAGGAGGAGCAGCACUUCUACAUCCAGCAGCUAUUCAGACGUUAUGGCCAGAAAGACCGGCUAGAUUUUCACGGAUUUCAGAGUCUCCUUCUUAGCUUGGGUCUGGGUGAAGUGAAAGUGGUGGGCAUGGAUCAUGACGACCUUGGUCACGACCAUGUAGCUCAUCUCGAUGUUCUUGAUAUGCAAGAAGGCUCUCACUCACACAGUGAAGGGCAUGGGCAUGGGCAUGGGCAUGGGCAUGGGCAUGGGCAUGGGCAUCCACGUCACAAACCCAGCUUCCACCAUCCACAUACAGAACAAGAUCCCACAGAAUGCAGCCAACAGACCACUGCUGCUGUCACACGUUCUGGUGCAUCAAGAGAACAACUCCAUAAACACCAUCACGAACAUAAUCAUAAUCAUAACCACAAUCACCUACAUGAUGCAGAACAUAAUCAUAAUCAUGCCAAGGAAGAAGAGAGUGAACACAUGAGUGACAAACCCAACCUUGUGCAAGCACAAAUCAGCACAGAUAUUGCUCCCACCAACCAGGAACAGCUCUCUUCUGCCCAGCUUGACUUACCUCAUGGCAAUCAAGAGAUGCAGUCUUCGCCAACUCCCACAGACACCAAGCCCAAGAAGCUAAGAAGGCCAGGAAGAAUCAGAGGACAACGUGGGCAAAACAAAACCGUUUCACCUCACACAACAUUGUCGAAUAACCAUGACCAUAAACACAGUCCUGAUCAUGGCCACAGCCAUUCUCAUAAAGGUAAAAGAGAAGCACCAGGGGGCCCUGACACCCCAACAGUCCCAGGCCCUGUUUUGUCUGGACAUGCAAGUGGCUUGUUUCAUCAGCAUGAGGAGUGUUUGAACCUGACUCAGCUACUCAACUACUAUGGGCUGAGUCCCGAUUCCCUCAUCUCGCCAAAUCAGUUCACCUAUCUGUGUCCUGCCCUGCUGUACCAGAUAGAUAGUCGUGUGUGCAUCCGCCAUUACCACCAGAUGGAGGUGGAGCAGGAAGCUUUGGACAAUGUCAGUUCUGUGUGGACUUGGGUGUGGGGCUUUGUGGCCAUCACCAUCAUCAGCCUGCUGUCUCUGUUGGGUGUUGUUCUCGUGCCCAUCCUCAACCAGUCCUGCUUCAAGUUCCUUCUCACCUUUCUUGUGGCCCUGGCCGUGGGCACACUCAGUGGCGAUGCGCUCCUUCAUCUACUGCCUCAUUCUCAAGGGCAGCAUGACCACAGCGGCACGAGCCAUGGCACCGAUCUGGCGACUGAGUUUGAUGGAGUGUGGAAAGGCCUGACAGCGUUGGCUGGCAUUUACCUUCUCUUCAUUAUUGAGCACUGUAUCGGCAUGUUUAAGCACUACAGGGACCAACGGGGCAUGAAGAAUGUGUGUGAAGAGGGCAAGAUUGGCAAGAAGUUGUCAGAUCACAAAUUAAAUCACCACUCAGAUGCAGAGUGGGUUCACUUGAAGGUGCUGGGUGAUGGUGCUGACAGCAGUGCCAUCUCCUGUGACAAUGAUCACAAUGACACGCAGCUCACAGAGUUUCAGAUACCUUCACACUCUCCCACCAACAAGACGCCACUGAAAGCUCCAAACCCCAACAAGCGGUCACCCACUAAGGUGAAUGGGCAGAAGGCCAAGCAGCACGGUCACGGACACGGCCACUCCCACGGUGGGAACUGCCACUCGGAUCAGGAGAUGAAGGACGCUGGUAUCGCCAGCAUCGCCUGGAUGGUCAUCAUGGGCGACGGCAUGCAUAACUUCAGUGAUGGGCUGGCUAUCGGCGCUGCAUUCAGUGCAAACCUCACAGGAGGCAUCAGUACUUCAGUGGCUGUUUUCUGCCACGAACUACCUCAUGAACUUGGUGACUUUGCAGUGCUGCUGAAAGCGGGCAUGACGGUGAAGCAGGCCAUUGUCUACAAUCUGCUCUCAGCCCUGAUGGCGUACGUUGGCAUGCUGAUUGGCACGACUGUGGGCCAGUACACAGACAAUGUCACCAGCUGGAUCUUUGCCAUCACAGCUGGCAUGUUCCUCUACGUGGCUCUGGUGGAUAUGCUGCCAGAAAUGCUUCACGGAGACAGCGAGGAACACAAGCGCUGCCAGUUGGGUCACUUUGUCCUGCAAAAUCUGGGCAUGCUGACUGGGUUUGGCAUCAUGCUGCUCAUCGCCAUUUUUGAAGACCGCAUUGUUUUCGAUUUUGGCUUUUAGCGACGGACAGAAAGAUGAUGGAGUGGAGGUUUUAGUAUUGUUUUCCUUGGCCUUAACCUGUGCGACAUAAGGCCUGGUCUUGCCUGCAUUGUGAGUCGCGUUAACGACCCGUGCCUCUAUUCCAAAAGUCCAGUGCAUACACAUGUUUACACACGCUCUUCCUUACACCAAGGUGGGGGCUGCAUGUUGUUGUCAUCAUCCUGUGCUGUGUCUUGUACAUCUGUGGUGUAUUCUACCCCGCCAUCAUCAUCAUCAUCCAUCAUCCCGAUGGCGCAAUGUGUCAAAGCCAAGCCCAGCCCACUGGAGCGGCACCACAGCUGCACCUAACACCAUCACAGUAUGGCCUCCUUUGGAGAGCACAGAAGCACCUACGGGGGUUGGGGGUAAACCUGGUAGCUCAUCUAAAUAAAACAUGUUUUGGCAGCUCUUAUACUGCUGUCAAAACGAGCAGGAAAUUCAACUAUUCACUCUUUACCUCAUUUUUGGGCUCUGGUUGCAGUGGAACCUGUUUGACAACCUGUAAGUGGACCACCGAGUAAAAAGUGCCCACUUAAGUGGGCAUCAACGUACAUGAUCAAUUGCUUUUGUUAACAGCAAAUGUGAGACCCAAAGGCGUUAUUUCUAUGAAAAAUGGGAGCGUUUAUGUUAGGGGCGUCUUUUCCCCCAGAGGGCCACAUCCUGACAUUGAAAGGAUGCAAGGGCCGCGUUGAUGUUUCUUAAAGGAUGCUAAGAAGUUAUCAAGGAAAGGCAACAUCUCAGCUUUGUGAUAUACCGUAGCUGAAAACGCCUAUUAUUUGCAUCAACUUCGGUCUUUUUCGGCAUUUUUUCCCCCCAUUAUUGCUGGGGUUUUUUUAUAUUUAAACUUUAUAUUCGUAAUAUUAGAACUUUAUUAGAACUUUUUCUCCAACCUAAUUUUCCGUUAUUUCCUCAUUUUACUUUUUGUGCCUCCAUAUUACAACUUAAGUAACAUCUUUUUUCUUCAAUAUUUCAACUCUACGCUACUAACUUGUCAUUAUUUGUCCUCAUAUUAUGACGCUCUCAUAAAGUUGACUUUUCUCGUUAGAAUACAACUUUUUUCUCGUAAUAUUCUCAUAAAAAAUGUUUUUUUCAUUUCUUCUUGUUUUGUCUUCCAACUUUCUUCUUGUUCUUUCUCAUAAUUUUGACAUUCCCAGAAUAUUUUGACUUUAUUCUCGUACUAUUAUAACCCUUUCCGUAACCUGAUUUUCCAAAAAUUACAUUUUUGUUCCCAUAAUUUUAUGACUUAAAAAAAUAUGUCUUUUCUACUUUAUGUGACUACAAUGAGGUUAUUUUCCUCAUAAUAUUACAACAUUAUUCUUUGUCUCCUAAGUCCAGUUGUGGUCAGAUUUCGGUGAUCAACGUGGUUCCAGAUAGUCGCUGGGGUUUCAAAAGUAAGGAGUUUGGCUUCUCAAAACAAUAUGCGCUCAAAAGAGUAAUGCAUUUGCAUCACAAAAAUGCCUACUCGGAAAAAAUCAGACCUCACAAAUGGCUCGGCGUUAAUAUUUGUCUCGCGCCGUAUCCCUGCGCGCUGUUUUACAAUGUGCCAAAGUCCGUAAAUGGCCCCUUGAGUUUUGUCAACACGUGUUGUCGGAUUCAUUUCCAGAUAAUCGCUUGUGUUUUUGCAGUGUGCAAUGUAAAUUAAAAUUUGCAAGGAGGAAAACAAUGUCAACAAACUGCCGUAGGUUAAAACAACAUUCUCAUUCUCCUCAUGUCUCUGGUGAAAAUCACAAGUAAACGUGUUUUCACUUAUGUCGACGACCACUUACGUAGACUCCAACGGGUUCCGCUGUACACAGAACCACUGCCGUAGACACCAGAUGCCACGUAGUUUGAGUGAGAUAGCAAUGACGGGGAUGGAUGGCUGCUAGAGACAUAAACAUUCAGUUAGUGUGUUGUUUACAAGAUAUGCAAGCGGUACAGCUCAGUACGGUAAAAUCUGAUGGUUGUGGUUCCACUGAAGGUGGGAUUCUUGAUGCUUCAUCUCAUCAGACGACGAUACACUCAAUGUGUCAUUAAGUGAAGUGUGUUGCUGCGUCAUGCGGGCAUUGUUUUGUUUUUUUCUCUUCACAUUCAUGUACUGUAAUUGCACAAAGGAGUCACGGUGCUGUUAAAUAGAAUUGGAAGUCUCUUUGACUGAUGACAAUCAACAAAUCAUCUUGAAGCUGCCCUCAAUAAAAACAUUCCUCGCACUUGCAGGCUAACUUAUGACCCAAUGAUCGGACUUAAGGGGGGGGUGGUGCUGACAGUGUCCUAUUUAGACGAGCCCACGGCGUGACCACAGUGGCUGGUGCUUGACAUGACCUCCUAGCUUCCUCCUCCAUUGACAUUCCAUCAGCUGUUCUGCUGCUCACCAGCUAAGCUACGUCGCCAAGCUUCAGCUGCAAGAACACAAGUGUGUGUGUGUGUGUGUGUGUGUGUGUGUGUGUGUGCAAGCAUUUAUCCUGUCACUAACAACAUUGCCAGUCACAUGGAGCUCCUGUGAAUGAUCUUACUGUAGCAUGAGCAACUGGUACAUGCUUACGUAGUGUUAACUGUAAAAUUCUUUGUACUGCCAAGUUAGAAUGUUGACUAACUUUAUUACUGGGUUUUUUUUGGUUGUUUUUACUGUGAAAAUGGUGAAAAAUUGGUGUGACAGAAUCACCCGAUUCUUUGAUGUGAUUCGUCUAAAGGAGAUCGAAUGUAGCGGUCUCUCUCAGUCUGUUGAAACAUCAAAUGCAUUUUUAUCACUUAGUUUUGGUUAAACUGUAGCUUAUUUUGUUUGUAAUUUUAUUUUUUUUGGUUUAAAGUUUUUGUUAACUGUGUCCUUGCAAAAAUCAUCAGUAAAAUGAAGGUCAACAAUUCCAUGUGUGAAA